AUGAACACGAACUUGCUAUAUGUGCCAUUACGGCAGUCUCGUCCCAUAGAUAUGGGCUCUGAAUUACGCGAGGUUAUCCGAAAAGACUACUUCCAGACUCCAUCUUCAUUUGAACCUGAUCUCAUGAGAAUUUCCAAUGCUCGAAACAAGAUCACUCUACUAACGAACGAAACGAUUAGCCAAAAGAGCGAAAUUUUACUCAAAGAGUACUACGUCUACCUUCUUGCAGUUAUGAAGAAAUUUCUGGAUGGCUGUGUCGAGUUUGGCUGGUAUGGCACUUUGACUUAUGGCCCUAGUGGUCCUACCAAGUCUCGUUCACUUAAGGUAGAAUUGUGGAAUAUCGUAUUUCAAUUGGGAAGUUUCUACUCGCAGAUGGCUCUACAAGAAUCCAGAUUUACUGAUGAUGGCUUGAAGAAUGCGUGUGCGCUUUUUCAGCAGGCUGCUGGCUGUUUUGAGUAUAUUUGUCAGUUAGUGAAAAGGGAAACAGACCAGAGUUCCAAUUCUUUGGCAAUACCGCGAGAUUUUUAUGGCGACACUGUGCUCUGUUUGAAGUUCUUGAUGUUGGCACAGGCUCAGGAAACAAUCUGGCAGAAAGCUCUUGGUAACACUACUUUGAAAGAUACGGUUAUCGCUCGUUUGUCUAUGCUGACAUCUGAUCUCUACGGCCAGGCUUUGGAAUAUGGAAACCGUUCUGAUUACAUCAAGCUUGAGUGGAUUAACCAUAUAGGUGUUAAGAAGUUCCACUUCAAAGCAGCAGCAUAUUACAGAAUGUCAAUUGUAAGUCAGGAUAGCUUUGAGUAUGGGGAACAGGUGGCACUUUUGCGAGUGGCGUCUUCAUCGUGUGACUCGGCUCUCAAGUACAAAAAGUACGUAACUCAGCUUGUAGUAGAAGACUUGCGGGGUUUGAACCAGACGAUCAAGGAUGUUUUGCGUGGAGCAGAGAAGGACAACGACUUGGUGUACAUCAAGCCUGUUCCCGUCGAAAAGGAUCUCAAGCCCAUAGCAGCCGUUUCUAUGGUUAAAGCUACCGUUCCUUCGGAUCUUGAGACUCCAGUAGAGACUAGGAAACUGCUCUUCAAUGAUCUUUUGCCCUAUAUUGUUAUUCAGGUCGCACAAGCCUUUCGGGAAAGACAGGAUAAGUAUAUAUAUGAACGUUUUGUUGAGCCUAUUCAGGCACUAAACAACAUGUUAGUCAAAUUUAUUACCGAAAGAGGUCUUCCUGCUUCGAUCGAUGCACUUCAGCAGUCGGAAAAUUUGCCCGAUUCUAUCAUCCAGCAUUCCCAGGAGAUCUUGGCCUUUGGUGGAACUGACAUUAUUGAAGAUUCCAUCACGGAAAUCAACAAGCUUUCUAUGGAAUGUCAACAAUUAAUAGACCAUUGCAAUGGAAGACUCACCCUUGAUGCUAAAGAGGAAGAUAUGAUGCGGCAGAGGCAUGGCCGUGAACAUUGGAACCAUCAGACGACAGAAGUUGCCGCUCGUGCACUUAUAGAGAGAAUAGAAAAGAUGAUUCAAUAUCUAGAUCAAGCUAGAGACGGAGAUAGUUGUGUUCUCACUAAGUACUACGAAAUCAAGCCAUAUUUGGAGAUCUAUUGUGGAGGAUAUAAGCCAUUAAGCGAGUUCAUUCCCAACUCGGACUACUCCAAGGUCGACAAGAACAUGAGCAAUAUCAUUACGGAUUUGAGAAACGCCGUAAAUCAGGUAUCUGUACUAGAAGAACAACGCAAAAGGUUUCUUCUGCAAGUAGAGUUGAAGGCUCGAGAACACAAUAUCUUGCCUAGCGUGAUUGAAGAGUUCAAGCUGAAACAAAAUGAGAUGUACGAUGAAAAUGGAAAUGUAAAUGAGAGAUCGUUUGAAGUAGUCUACGACAAACAUAUCAAGCUCUUCAGCAAAGAGAUGAAAUUCAUGGAGAGCACUAAAAGUACCCAGAUCUCGUUGGAAAACGAUAUAGAUACCUUGAACAGCCGCUUUAUUUCUGACUACAACACCAGAAGUAGUGACUCGCAGGUUAAACGAAAAGAAGCACUACAGUUGCUUGAGGCUGUUUACUCCAAGUAUCUAGAGGUAAUCUCUAACUUGAGCGAGGGAUCGAAAUUCUACAAUGACUUUUUGGUCAAAGGCAACGGAGUACUAAGUGAGUGUGAAGAUUAUCUUAAUCAACGACGCUUAGAGAGCAGAGAACUAGAACUUACCAUCAGCAAACUAUUGCGCAAAGAGGUAGAAGAAGAGACUCGUGCAACAAGUGUUGGGGCUCCCAUAACUAAGCCUGGUAUAUGGAGUCCAGACCAGGGCAUCAAGUUUGACUGA